UUGCUCAAGUUUUUCUAAUUAAAAGCAAAUUGCGUAAAUACCCCUCUGAAAACAUGAAAUUGCAAAACGCUUUCUCAGUCCACGGUUCGCCAUCGGACACUUCCCGUCCGACAAGGUCCACGGUCGAAUGGAAUGGCAUCAUCCGGCGAUCGCCGCCGGGAAAGUCUCUGUCGGUCUACGCCCAUGCCAUGCUCCCUUCCGGCGCUCUUCCAAACAAGUUCACUUUCACCUUCCUACUCAAAGCUUGCAUCCAUGGUUUCUCCUCUUCCCUCUCCUGCCUCCACGCCCAUCUAAUACUUCUUGGCCUCCAUCGUGACCCCUUCCUCCGCUCCUCCCUCAUCUCCACCUAUGCCCACCAUCGCCAGGUUUCCAUUGUCGACCACCUAUUCCGGCAAGAGACCUCCAAUGACACCGUGGUCUACACCGCGCUGGUCUCCGCCUACGCUCGUUGCGGCCGGCUCGAGUCCGCGCGGAAGGUGUUCGACGAAAUGCCCCAACGAAAUCCUGUCUCCUGGGCUGCUCUUUUGUCAGCUUAUUCGGGCUCCACGCGGGACGUGGAGGCGCUGGGAGUGUUCCGCAGGAUGUUGAUCGAGUCGGUGGAGUGCACCGAAGCUGCGCUUGUCUCUGCUCUCUCUUCCGCUGCCCGGCUUGGUGCACUGAUGUAUGGCCAGCGCGCUCACCUGCUUAUUGUUCUAAGUGGAAUGCCCGUCCCCAGUGCCGCACUUGGGACUGCCUUGCUUGGCAUGUAUGCAAAAUGUGGUCUUGUUGAUGAUGCACUGAAGGUGUUCGAUAGAAUGCCUCAGAGAGAUCAACCUGCAUGGACUUCGAUGAUCUCUGCACUUGCCGCGCAUGGACGUGGUCCUGAGGCACUUGAUCUCUUUGGUGAAAUGCUGGAAUUUGGGUUCAAGCCUGACAGUGUGAUUUGCAUUGCAGUACUGCAUGCUUGUAGUCAUGCAGGGUUAGUAGAGAAGGCUAGGGAGUACUUCAACCUGAUGGUGAGGGUUUAUGGGAUUAAACCAGGUUUGGAACACUAUGGUUGCAUGGUGGAUGUUCUCGGGCGUGCAGGGCAGGUCGAGGAGGCUUGGAAAAUGGUGCAUUCCAUGCCAAUGGAAGCAGAUGAGUAUGUGCUCAAGAGCCUUCUUUGUGCGUGCUGCAAUCACAUUUUCUUGGAGUAUGCGGAGUGGGCAGCGGAGAAGCUCAUGUCCUUGAAUGCUGGUCAAGCAUCAUCAUAUGUCCUACUUUCAAAUGCUUAUGCGAGUUUGGGUCAAUGGGAUAGUGUGGAGAGACUGAGGAAGUUAAUGAGAGCUCGGGGUGUCCCCAAAAUUUCAGGUUCUAGUGCAGUUGAGUAAUAAACAGUCUUGGGAAUGGCAGACUGAAAUCUCUCAUUACCCCAUUGGAUCAAAUGUCUUCAAUGCAUAUUCCUCAUUGAAGAGAUUCUACCUUACUCUUGGAGCAUGCCUACCUUCUGCAUUUCUAUUUGUGCAUGCUGGAUCGUGGCAUUGAGGGUAUAAGCAUGCUCAACCUCUUCCGGUGCAAAACAGACAACUUCUCUUCUAACCCUUAAAUUCUCCUCCCCAACCAUGGAAUUUUUCAGGCAGCUUAACAAGUAUUUAUGUACAUACUGCAAAGCAAGGGUGUGAAGGGGUCGGAAGAAUCACUACGACCACACAAACAUCUACAUAAUGUACCCUU